AUGUUUGAAAAGCAAGUGCUCAAGCCUUUGCCCUUGGGCUCAGGAUUGUCGGUCAUGGUGGUUGUCAUUGCGAAAGAUAGAUACCCCGAGGCCGAACAUGUCUUUGUGUACGACAAUGUAACAACACAUACAAAACGACGCGACGACGUUGCAAAUAUUGUGAAAAUGACGCUUGGUCCUUCAAGUAACAUUGGUGAUGUGAUUGAGACUUGCAUUAAUGAAGAGGGUGUCGAAAAGAAGAUUCGAGUUCGAUUUUCCGACACACACUUUCCCGAUGGGUCUACACAAUACUUUUAUUGGCCGGGUGAUCACCCAAUUUACGGCGCAGAAGCAACAAAGAGCUUGCACGGCCAAUUUAAGGGGAUAGCUCAGUUAUUGCUAGAGCGUGGAACCAACCCGGCAGGACUGAAACUGACGUGCAAGAGCCCACAGAGAUAUGUUGCUAAUACCCACUGUUGUGUUCGACAAGUGCUUUCCAAGCAGCCUGGCUUCAUUGAACAGCAGUCAGCACUCGAGGAAAUUGCAGAGGCGGAUGGAUGUCGACUUCUGUUUCUUCCAAAAUUCCACUGCGAACUGAAUCCUAUUGAACAAUGCUGGGGCUGUGCCAAACGAGUCUACCGUUAG